CUUGCACAGACAAGGAACUGCGAAAUCUUGCAUCCCGUCUAAAAGACUGGUUUGGCAGUCUUCAUGAAGAUGCGAAUCGUGUCAUCAAGCCAACAAGCUCAGAUUCAGCACAAGGCAGAUUCGAUACUAGCAUAUUACCUAUCUGUAAGGAUUCAUUGGGCUGGAUGUUCAACAAACUGGAUAUGAACUAUGACCUUCUCCUUGAUCACUCUGAGAUCAAUGCUAUUUACCUUGAUAAGUAUGAACCAUGCAUUAAGCCUCUCUUCAACUCCUGUGACUCCUUCAAAGAUGGAAAGCUUUCCAACAAUGAGUGGUGUUACUGCUUUCAGAAGCCUGGAGGCCUCCCAUGCCAGAAUGAGAUGAACAGAAUUCAAAAGAUGGGCAAAGGGAAGAACUUGCUGGGUGCCUUCAUCCCCCGCUGCAAUGAAGAAGGCUAUUACAAAGCAACUCAGUGUCAUGGAAGUACUGGCCAAUGUUGGUGUGUGGAUAAGUAUGGAAAUGAGAUUGCUGGCUCUAGGAAGCAAGGGACAGUAAGCUGUGAAGAAGAGCAAGAAACCUCAGGGGAUUUUGGUAGUGGUGGAUCAGUGUUAUUGUUGGAUGACCUGGAAGAAGCACAUGAAGAAGCAAAAAAGGACAAACAGAAGAUACAUGUAAGAGCAACCAACGAGGAUGAUGAAGAUGAAGAUGACGAUAAGGAUGAUGAAAUUGGGUAUAUAUGGUAGUUCCCAUAACUCUGAGGACUCAUGUUUUGCACAAUAUCACAAUUCAUUUUGUAUCUCCGCAGAGAUAAUGGAAACAUCUGGCAUCACACAGUCAAUAACUGUUAUGGGCCUCCCAGUAGGCACACUGAUCUCCUUCCCAAUUGGGCUUUCCUUUUACUUUACUGGUAGCCACACAGCCACAGGCACGCUGGAGAUCAGCAUGCAUAGCUGAAUCUGUCACUAAAGUGAGCUGGGAAGACCUUUUGCAUGUGGUGCUCCUUGUAUACAGGGGGUUAACUUUAUACACACACGUGCAUUUGGGCUCUUGUGACCACCAUACUGCCAGUAAGGACAAUUCUCUCGCCACCUGAUUUCAUUUUGUGCGCUCUAUAUUAAUUUGGAAAACCACUUUCACUCUCAAAUUCUUCUGCUGUUCAGAAUCACCGCAUGCAUCGUUCUCGUUUGUUUU